ACAGACAGAGCAGUAACAAUCAAUAUAUUCUACAAGCACAUUUUGAUUGGACACUUUUUUUUUCUUUUCUGGAAUGUAUAUCUAGUUUAUAAAUAUCGUCAUGGUGGACUGGACAGGGAUGGCGGAGACAUGGACCAGAGGAAAGUUAGGGAUGGUUUGACAAACAUUUGUACACAGGAUCCCAUACAUAUUAUGCAUUGCUGAAUGAUUGCUAUUACUUUAUCACUAAGCAUUUAAUUAUAAACGUUAUUUUGGCCAGAAAAAAAAACGCUGGACAGCGCCCGUGGUUUGAUCCCGGGAAGGGAUGGUACGAAAAUCGGCAGAGAUUAUUUGUAGGAAGUAACCACUGAGCUAAACCAGUGCACUUACUCUGAAGGGGUAACUAGCAUUUUAUACAUUGUGAAAAUAACAAACCUAUGCACAGCACAACUGGUUCGAUCCCGGCAGUCGUACAUUAGGUACACAGUUGCAGGUUGCUGAGUAGCAUCUUUGUACAUAUAAAAUUGCAAACUUCGAUAUGAGUAUUACGACACAGUUCACCUUCUACGUAAGUCGCUGAGAAUGGGUUGGAUAGAGCCUGCAUUUGUCCGUCAAAAGAUAUCGCGCAAAACUUGGAAACAAAGUUCCGGCAUUGACUGUGUGUGUUUGAUCUGUUUCACUUUUAAAUAAAAUCCCUUUAAACUAUGAUAACGAUUAACAGCCAUACAAACUUCGAUUCAUAUUAAUAAGUAAGUACUACAUGUUUCCUCGGGCAUAGUUCAUAUUAAGUAGUUAUCAUUACUUGCACCCUUUCAAAGCACUACGCUAUCUCUGUAUUCCAGCAUGUAGCCCGCCGUAGUAGAAAGUCGUAUGGCUUUUAUUUUGAAAAUCUCGGUCCGGAAGUAGAUCUACCGCCGCUAGUUUAGGCCUUUAAAGUUUAGCGGGAGUUUUGACACUACGAGAAGGCUUUUAUCACAUUUUAAUCGCAAUUUUUUAAGCAUACAUUUUAUAAUUAUUUAACAUGGAUAAAUACGUGAUGCUUUUAUCCUUCUGUCCUCGGUUAUCGGAAUGUCUGGAGGAUUUUAAACCUUUAGAGAAAGUGAAGCAAUUAUAUCAUGGUCUAAGGGGCAUCUCCUGUGACGAAUCUCCGAGGGUCUCAGCGUUCCCAGCUUGUUCGCUUAGUGGCUACCCAUCUGGGCAGAGGUGGUUCUUUGCCAUCGAGGCUGUCCAUGGAUUUGGUCAGUAUUGCAGUUCAGAGUGGGAAGAGGGGAGAGCAAGCCAACCGAAGGGGGACAGGGAAGAGGAGAGCCCAAGUGCCUGGCAGCUGUGUCACAGCUCUCUGCAGGACCAGGGAAGAGAAGGGGAGACACAGGAUGAGCAGUCUGCACUGGCAGAGUUGUUUGAGGAGGCAGCAGAAGGACUACAUCUCUUGUCAGACAAACUACCACCACCAGGUAAAGCCCUGGUGGACGUGCUGGUGCUCUGCGGGUCUCCCCCUCCGACCUCUCUGAGGGACCUGCUGCCUCUGAUGGGUGCCCUCAAACACAUGGAGUGCUGGCACUCCGCCAAGAUCACCCUGGUGACCCCGCAUGCCGAAGGGUGGCAGAGGGUGGCGUCCUCUCUGAGUGCCACUGUGGUGGGGCCCGCUGAGAUGGACAGCUGCAUAGACCACAAGGAGCAGUGGAGAGGAGCUCUGCUGAUCAGGGAGAGGAAGUGUGCCUCAGAGCUGAGGUUCGGGGGCUUCUCCCUCCGUACUGCAGAGGGUGACGGUCCGACCAUGUGCUCCUCCUCCGGCCCUGCUGCCCAGCGCCUGCAACCCCAGGUCUUCCAUUACUACCGGAAUGUCUUGGACCUGAUGCAGAUGGUCUCCCUGAAAGAACUACCUGACUUUCUGUUGUCCAACACGGAGUUCCAGCUUCGCAUGUCUGGGAAGUCCAAGAAGUGCAAGCUUCUGUUGGAUCAGCUGUCGUCCCUACGUGGAGAGGUGGGAGCAUUGUUUUGCCUGUCCUGUGUGGUCACCCCCAUGGCCCAGCCAGUAGCCAGCCAGCUGAGCUCCCAGCGAUGGAGGGACACCCUGGCCAAGAGGCCCAGCUCUCUGCCUGUGCCUGAGGUGGAGGUCAAAGGCGAGGGCGCCCACUACUUCCUGUUGGUCCAGGGCUCGGAGGACGGUGGAGGCGGAGCCUGCAGAGCCCGGAUGCUCCACUCGGCCAAUCAGAUCAAUGGAGCUGCUGCCGUGGCGACCGUAAAUGGGCUCUUGAGGGAAAAGUCUCUGCUCUCAUCAGGAAAGACAGAAGGACGCCUCCUGGACUCGCUGCCCUGCUUCCGCCGAGACGACGUGCGGCAGGCGAGCCGGGCCCAGACGCUGGUUCUUAAGGAAUGCCUGAAGAGGCGAGUGGAUGCCCACUCGACGGCCGCGAUACCGGUCAGCCUCAUAAAGACCCUGCUGAACCGGGCCGCAGAGCAGUACCUGAGAGUAACCACUGACCCCUCCCCCCCGGAGGACCACCAGGGCAGCGUCACAACGGCUCCUGAGACCCGGCGAGGAGCCGGCCAGCCGUCGGAGUGGCCCGAGAGAAGCGUGCUCCGGAACGUGGAGAACCUCCGGAGAAGGCGCCAGAAGAACCGCUUUGGUCCGUUGUCGGCGCCGGGCUCCAGCGACAGUCUGCUGGGGCCGAAGGACGCGAGCCAGCGCGUGUCCGCGGCGCUGUUGGACGCCAAGGAGCUGCUGAAGCACUUCUGCGCAGACGGCACGCCCGCUGGGGAGCUUCAGCCUCUGGUGGUCUGCAGGGGGAGCAACGUGUUCCAGAUGUCUCCGGACCUGUCUCCCGGGCGGGCCAGCCAGUUGCCCUUCAGCAAGGCGUCGGCCACCAACUACCACGGGAUAGAGUUCUGCCUGGACCAGCAGCAGCUCAGCGCCCUGGACCGCGACCUGGGCUUCGUGCGCCUCCAGUCGCGCCUCGUCCGCUUCGAGACGCAGACCACCUGCUCCAAGGAGCCCCUCCCCUUCGCCCUGAGCCCCGCCCCCCUCGGCCCCGCCCCCUCCCCCGCCGUGGCCUCCGAGCCGGGCAGCGUGCCGGACGGGGAGGCGCUGCUGCAGCUGCAGAACGCCAACGUGGCACGGCUGAAGCGCCGGUCCCGGGAGGCGGACGCCGCCGCGCUGGGGGGGCCGCGCAAGAGGCUGGUGAAGUCAGAGAGCUGUGACUCUCUGUGCUCCCAGAGCAGCGGUAGCAGUGGGACACGCCCCUCGGUGAGGUCACUGAGGCAGCAGCCAAUCAGGUCCCAGUCGACCUCUGCCUCCACUCUACCCAGCUCUCUGGCCCCUCCCCCCAGUCGUCCAUCUUCAGGCCAGCCUCCCGCGGCGCCGGCGGACACUACCGGACCCGACCACCAGGGGCCGCUCCAGGUCCACAGCCAGGAGCAGCAGGCCAAGGAGUCCCGCUCCCAGAAGCACCACAGGAUGCUGAAGGAGGUCGUGGCUAAAACGCUCGAGGCCCACGAUGUCACCGCCAAGCACCCCUGCUUCAGCGCCUGCAGCAAGAGACUGUUUGAGAUCUCCAAGUUCUACCUCAAGGAUCUGAAGACGUCUCGGGGUCUGCACGACGAGAUGAAGAAGGCGGCCAAGAGCAACGCCAAACAGGUUAUUGACUGGGAGCUGGAGAAGACCUCAAAGAAGCAGAAAGCGGGGAAAUAGUGAACAUUUCGUACGACUAGCCUUCGAAGGUCAUCAAAGACGGGGCUCCAUCCGUCACCGUGGCAACGGGACGCUCGAAGCGCCCCCUCCAAGCGCUUCGCGUCGGAGGAAAUGCGGCGUUGCGUCGACAACGUAACCACUUGUGUCGUUAAGGACGUUUGCUGUUUUUCGUUCUCAGUAAGAGAUGCCGACAACAAGGCCUCAUACGGUACUUCUGUUGAGUAAUUCUCCAGACCCCUUUGACUACGUCCAGGGCCAGCUUCUCCUUUCAGUCUUUAAGUCUGGUCAGCCGGCCAGGGUCUGGCUUCUUCUACCUUAAACUCGGAAACUUCUACCACUGUAUUUCCGAGUCUUCCGCACAUUAGUGUUUAUGUGUUACUUUGAAGGGAAUGGCAGUCGGACCAAACACGACCACACAGCACAGACUCAUGUUGUGGUACGGUAACUCAUGGCACCAGCAGGGAGCCAUUGGGAGUAAUUGCCUCAUUUUCUUAAGUUCUCCUUUUAAAGUUGUCUUGUGUUUUGUCUUGCCUGUUUUAAUCAAUGCAAACCUUAAUUGUGUGCUAUUUAUUUUACUCCGGAGACUAUAACAUUAUUAUCAAUGUCCAUUAUUUGUUUUCCCUUUGUGUUUUUCUGCCAGGGUUUUUGUUAGUUUUUUUUGUUGUUUUUAUGCCCCGUCUUUAUUUUCGCUUUUUAAACGCAUUUUAUCAAUUAUUUGUGAUGUUAUUUCCGCUGGUUUUAUCCGCUCUAAAUGUUAUAUCCUAACAGAUGUGUCAUAUUUAUCCCUCCUCAAGGCGACAAUAAAAUGUUUUUUUUUAAAUGUUGUCUUUAUCAGCAAAACAAUUUUUGUUUUCAUUCUCAUUCUUCGUUUCUGUCAUCAUUUUAUCGACGUUGUUCGUGCUAUCUCUCCAUACCCUGAUGCAUAUUGUGGCUCCAAGCUGUUUGAACCAGGUGACCUCAGCCCUCCCCAGCGAUACAUUCGUACUGCAUGGGACUGAUUGAGGAGAGUUGUUCCCCAUGUAUGAAACAAAUAAUGUUCCUCAGAUGGACGUUUUCCAUCCCCCUCUGAAAGACCUUAUAAGAUAACUGGGAUCCUCUCUUUUAAAUCCAUCUGUUAACAUUUAUGUUCAUAACCGCAUUACCAUAGCACUGAUUGUGUUAGACUGUGAAGCCCUUUCGCCAGUCUUACCAUAAAGAUAAUAUAAAGUCCCUGAUUAAACCCACCGUGAUCCCAGGCUUGACAUGUGCUGUAAAAUUAA